UCUCCUGUCGCAGAUAAGGGCGGCAGAUAAUGCACAGAAAGUUAAUGCAAGUAGUGCAAGUUUCCCGUAUACCCAUAGUGGGUCAGGCUAAGGGAGCGCACGCCAGCAUUAUAGUUAGUGUAUGCGCAAUUUACCCAGCCAAGUCAGUCCUUCCGUCACCACAGUUGAGAUAGGAAGUCAGCGUUCCUGCUCAACCUUUUGUCACGGAUUAAUGAUGGGUUCUAAAGUGGCGAUGAAGACGUCUAUAUGGGUUGACUGAAUUCUUGGAUUGCUGCUAAGGGGUUAAAAACCGCAAAAUAUGACCUCCCCAGUGGCACGAGCUGUCAGCCUAUGUUUGGUGCUCUUCUCGCUUCAACUUUCUGCAGGGCUCGAUUGCAUGCCUGGCGAAAACAUCACUUUCGAAAAAGUGACAGGGCACGUUCCAAUAAUCUUCCUUCAAAAAACAUUACUCCAUUUAGAGCCAGGUCCAGUAGCACUUGUAAAUGAGUGCAUCAAGAGGUGCCUGAGAGAAGGCGAAAAUUGUGUUGCUUUUAUCCUGGAUUACAACCAGAAUAGUUGUUUUAGCGUCAACGCAAGCCGCUCAGAUAGCCCAGCACUUUUCACACCACAAACAGCUGACUAUUUUGAGAAGAUUUGCUUCAAAGGGCCACAGUGUGGAGCUGUUGGGGCUAUGGUUGAAAGAGUUCCAGGCUUUGAACUAAGGGCUCUCCAGUCCCUGAUAGUCGUUGAAAACACGCUGCGGAGAAGCGAUUGCGCCGCUGCUUGUUUAACUUCCCACUUGGGCUGCAGAUCAGCACUAUAUGACAAGGAGUGGGCAAAGUGCAUCCUUAUUGGACAAGACAGGCGCUCAUUGCCUUCUGCUUUUGUUCCAUCAGUCAUGAACGUUGACUACCUAGAAAACCUCUGCUUUGAUUCGUCCCAGCCAAGUUAUUCCUUUGAGGAAUUUCACGCAAUUUUGCUAAAUGCUGCUGAUAUAACGCUAACCAAUUUGAGCUUCUCUGAGUGCCAAAGGAAAUGCAAUCAAGAAACCACGUUCAUCUGCAGAGGUUUCACAUUAAAUGACAACUUCUGCCGUUUGCACAGUAGCGAUUUAACGAGUCGAGGUCCAGAAGCGCUUGUUUCGAAUCCUAGUGGGGUCUAUUAUGAAAAAACGAAGAGCCUGGAUUUGUUGAUAAGGUGCUCAAAGACAAAUAUUAUUGCCAGACUGCGAACGGAUGAGCCAUUCUUUGGAAGAAUAUUUGUUCAGGGCUAUUCAGACGUAUGCGACACGACCGGCCAUGGCAAAAAGGACACAACUCUGAGCAUUGACUCGCAUUGCGCCAAUUUUCUGGAAAAUGGAGUCAAUGUGUCGGUGAUUGUGCAAUACAAUCCAAUACUUCAGCGCCGUGGAGAUAGAGCUUUGAAUAUAGCUUGCAGGUAUGGUGACUCGCUGCUGAAUGCUGUAAAUGGUUCAAUUGUAGUACAAGGAGACCCGUUUUUUGGUGGAGCAGUCAGUAUCAACUCUUCUUCCGUUCACUCGACGUCGAAUAUCAAAAUUUUAAUAACCAACAGAGAGGGUCAGGAAACUAGUGUCACUGAAGUGGGCAAGGAACUGGAAAUGAGGAUUGUAGCAAUUCAAACAGAUCCAUUUGAUAUAUCUGUUGGGAGACUUGUUGCCAGUAAUGUUGGUGGCACAGAGAGUGUGUUGCUUUUGGAUGAACGUGGCUGUCCACCUGAUCCAGCAACUUUCCCAGCCCUGACAAAAGAGCCUGACUCUGGGAAUUUGAUUGCCCACUUCCGUGCUUUUCGCUUCACCAAUACAACUGUUGUGAGAUUCCACGUCAGAGUUCAUUUUUGUCCUGGAACAUGCAAACCCGUUGAUUGUGGCAACAAAGGCCUUUCUUAUGGAAGGCGACGAAGAGAUGCAAUGAAAAGUUCCAGCGACUUUGCAGAUUUUACAGGCACCCAAAGCCGUGCUUAUUCAUGGGCUGACAAUGAGAAGCUAGUAAUCAACCCAAGGGAAAAUUAUCCUCAUGAUUUGGAAGCAGAUAUUCUUGUGUUGGGUCCAGAACCAGUAGUGCAGCCAAUUAAUCUAACUUCCACAGAAAACAAUUUCUGGACCACAGACGCAGUUACUGAGUCAGCACAUCUAGGUGCGUCUGAGGGGUGGUGGUGCAUUAGCAUGGGUGCGUUUAUUGGAGUAUUAGUUGGCUGGAUAUUGCUGCAAAUUCUACUGGCAGUCGCUGUCUGGACAGCAGCAACGCUUUAUAUGCAACAUGUAAGCAAUGUAAAACUUAGGAGGAUUCGUUGGAAUGAUUCUGCAUUUGAUUAAAGAGGCGUAUAUUCACCAAUAAUUCCUCACAAUUUUUUGAAAAAUAAACUGAACAAAUUUUUAAUUUUUAAA